GCACAGAGCUGUCCCAGGGUGCCAGCAGGGUGCGUUUGCAGCCCGUCACGUCCGCAGAGCCGGGACACGGCCGUACGGGGAAGCCCAGCGGUGUUUGACCCCAGUGCUCACAGCUGCCGCCAAACCGUGCUGCACUGCGUCACCAGCGCUGUCCCCAUAGCCAGAAUGGGGCUGCCGGAACACACCAGGACCCCCCACCACUUGCAAGGACCACCUCUGUGCCACAGAUAGGCACGGCCACCGUUCCAAGCACCGAUAUCCCACUUGCAGAUCACUCACGCCCAGGGCGAGGGGCAGGUGAGCACCCGAGGACGCCCUUCCCGAUCCCGGAGCCAAGGGAGGAAGCGGCUGGAGGCAGGAAGCCGCCCCCAGGGCCCCCGGAGCACUUUUGCUCGAAGGUCAGCAGCAACACAACAGGAAAUCACGCUGCCUCGGCACGGCGGCCGGGCCAGAGCGCUGCGCCGUGCUGUGCUGCCCGAGGGGUGUUCCCAGCCCCCAGUCCUCCAUCCCGGCCCGGUGGCUCGCGGGGGGGGCCCGCGCCACAGCUGCCCUCCAUGGAAGGGGGACGGGAGCCGGGGAGCAGCCGCUGGCCCCAGGGCAGAGGAUGCAGGGCUGAAGCCCCCAGCAGAGCAUGGAGCUGAACAGACUACUGCUCCUCACAUCUUUCCUCCUGCAUGUCAAAGAGGGCCAUGCCAGGCCAAUGGGGCCGGUCUGCGACAAAAGACUGAUCCAGAAGUACAUCGGGGAGGCCAAGGACAUGGAGAAGAGAGCGCAGAGCGAGUGCCAGACGCUACCCGCACUCAGCUGCCCUGUGGUUCUGCCUUUGGUGGACUUCAACAUGCGACAGUGGAAAAACAAAUCGGAUGAGAUCAAGUGGCACGAGAUCCUGUGCAACCUGGUGCUGCUGGUGGGUGCUGUGACAGAGGCUCAGGGCCAGGUGAGCCAGGAAUGUGGAGCCAAUCAGCUGAGACAGCUCUAUCGACAUGCCAACUCCUUCCUCCUGCUCCUGCAGACCUUUGGCUGGGAGGAAGGGCCCCGGGAGCCAGGCUGCUCCCCAAGCUCCAUUGAGCAGACUCAAGUCACUGAGAUCUUCCUCACCUACCGACAGUUGGUGCAGGGCAAGCUGCGCUUCUUCUUCCACAACCUGGCUAAAGACUCGUGUGACUGAGAUUGGGGCACGCAAGGACCUCUGGCCCAGGGCCUGGUGAAGCUGUACACAGGAUUCAACUGAUAAGAGGUCAGAGCAAUCCCAUAGGACAAUGAGCUGUGCUCUGGGUGCCCAUGAAGGUGCCACAGGGAAAGGGUUGGCUCCUUUUACACAAGCCUUUGGCUAUCACACGGCUCAGAGAGGCGAAAAGCAACCAUACCUGUGCAGCACGAGGCAUAUGCCCUGCUCCUAUCAGACUGUGAAUGCUUUACAAUUAAAGACCUAUUUUUCUAAAGGA